AUGGGCUCAGAACAAAGUUCACAAGGAGCUCAUGGAACUCAUGGACGAUUUAGCGGACAAUCUCGAGGACAACUGAGACGUGGUAAAAGUGUACCCAGCCGUGAGCAUUUACCUGAUGACACAACGCCACGUUCAUCGAGUCCAGGACCUAGUAUUUGUUCUGAUUCGGAUUUGCCUUACAUAUCUUAUACCGUUAAUCAACCGAUUGGUGACUCUCCAAAGAUAUCAAAUAAACCAUCGCUAAUAAGAGGAAAAAGUUUUGGUAGCUCAGAAGUAACAAGACGUAAAUCUAGUUUAGGUUUGAGAAAAACUGCCGUUAACUCGGUGAAAUCAACGUCAACAACAGCACACAAUAUUGUCGUUGUAAAACCAGCAAUAAGUGAUCCUGAUACAGAUAAGGAUCCAGACUUAAUUAAAUUACAAAGUAUACCAAUGUUUCUACCGAUAAUGCGCGGCACUCUUAAUUUACCACCAGGAGUACGCGAUCCUGAAAUAUUAGAGCGACUUGAUCCUGUUGGAUUAUAUAAUUUAUGUGCUAGAUAUCAACAUCAUUUAAAUGCAAAUGCGCAAAUGAUUGCUAAUGAACAAAAUUCACUCUGCGUUAAUAUUGAUAUUGAAAUAAAUAAAAUAAUGACACAAGCAGUUGAACGGCAAAAAAAAUUUGCCAAAUUUGCAGAACACAUGAACAAAGUUCAUGAACUUAGUAAACAAUUAACCAAGUGCCAUAUGCAAUUAAAUCAAACAUUAGAAAGUCUCGAGACACUCAAUAAUUUAUUACCUAUCAAAGAUCGUUUAGAACCUUUUCAACAGACUGUUGUUGUUUUGAUCAGAAGUGAUCUUAUUAUUGACAUUAGUUUGUGCAAUAAAAAAAAUAAUAGUGGAUGCUGUUGGACAAUAUUUAUAAGUAAGAAAAAGUUCAGUACUAAUAAUACUGUCAAUGACAGUGAUAAAAAUAAAUUAAUAAAAAGACCUAUGGUUACUGAACAAGAUAUAAAUUCUGAUCCAGUUGAGAGCGUCGAUAAUAAUUCAUCAAAUCCAACUGACCAAGCCGAUGACUUUGUUGAACCGGUUAAUUGUUGUAUGUCUGGAUGUACAAACUGCGUUUGGAUACAAUACGCUGAGAAAUUAAGUGAAACUUUAACUAACAGCAGUGAUGAUGUACAGAAAAUAAUUAUGGAAAAAGUUUCGGAUUCAAAUAUGCGUGCUUUUUUAUCCAUGGAAUUAAGAUUACGCAAUAUUAUUAAAUGAUCAUUAAUUACUGUUAAGUAAUCAGUUCUUCUGAC